CCGGCCCCCUCGGAACCGGAAGUGGAGCCUGGGAGCCUUGACGUUAGGAACGAAGUCGAACCUGGAUCUGGAGCCGGGUGAAACCAAGUCGGGGAUGCUCUCAUAAUGAACGUUAACCAGUCAGCUCCACCUGUGCCGCCGUUUGGGCAGCCCCAGCCUGUCUACCUAGGGCAUCAUCAAUCCAGCUAUGGUGGGCAACCAGGGUCCACAACCGCCCCCACUUCCUAUGGAGCCUACAAUGGCCCAGUACCAGGCUAUCAGCAAACCCCUCCCCCAGGUGUUUCAAGAGCCCCACCUUCUUCAGGGGCACCUCCAGCCUCGACAGCACAGGGCCCUUGUGGCCAGACUGCAUAUGGCCAGUUUGGACAAGGAGAUGUACAGAAUGGGCCAAGCUCCACUGUUCAGAUGCAGAGGCUCCCUGGGUAUCAGCCAUUUGGGUCAGCCAUAUUGGCCCCUGUGGUCAGCCAGCCAGCUGUGCUUCAGCCCUAUGGCCCUCCCCCAACAAGUGCACAGGUGACGGCUCAGCUGGCCGGAAUGCAGAUCAGUGGUACUGUGGCCCCAGCCUCUCCACCUUCAGGGCUAGGCUAUGGCCCACCAACAUCGCUGGCCUCAGCCUCAGGAAGUUUCCCUAACUCUGGUCUGUAUGGCUCCUAUCCUCAGGGCCAAGCUCCUCCCCUUGGCCAGGCCCAGGGUCAUCCUGGGACCCAGCCUCCCCAGCGACCUGUCCCACUACAGGCCUCCAGCUUCACACCCCCAGCUUCAGGGGGUCCUCGGAUGCCUUCGAUGACUGGUCCUCUCUUGCCUGGACAGAGUUUUGGGGGGCCCCCAGUGAGCCAGCCUAACCACGUGUCCUCACCUGCUCCUCAAGCUCUGCCCCCUGGCACCCAAAUGACUGGGCCCCCAGGACCACCACUACCACCUAUGCACUCCUCCCAGCAGCCAGGCUAUCAGCUGCAACAAAAUGGUUCCUUUGGACCAACCCGGGGCCCUCAGUCCAAUUAUGGAAGUCCCUACCCAGGAGCAGCCGCUUUUGGAAGUCAGCCUGGGCCUCCUCAACCAUUGCCUGCUAAGCGCCUGGACCCUGAUGCCAUCCCGAGCCCUAUUCAGGUUAUUGAGGAUGACAGGAACAACCGGGGUUCAGAGCCAUUUGUUACUGGAGUGCGGGGCCAGGUGCCACCCUUAGUCACCACCAACUUCCUCGUGAAAGACCAAGGGAAUGCAAGUCCCCGAUACAUCCGAUGCACAUCCUAUAAUAUCCCUUGCACAUCUGACAUGGCUAAGCAGGCUCAGGUGCCCCUAGCAGCUGUCAUCAAGCCGCUGGCAAGGCUGCCCCCAGAAGAGGCUUCACCGUAUGUUGUCGACCACGGGGAAUCUGGCCCUUUGCGCUGCAAUCGCUGCAAAGCAUACAUGUGCCCUUUCAUGCAGUUCGUUGAGGGAGGGAGGCGCUUCCAGUGCUGCUUUUGCAGCUGUAUCAACGAUGUUCCCCCCCAGUAUUUUCAACAUCUGGAUCAUACCGGCAAACGUGUGGAUGCUUAUGACCGUCCUGAGCUGUCCCUGGGUUCUUAUGAAUUCUUGGCCACUGUAGAUUACUGCAAGAACAAUAAGUUCCCCAGCCCUCCUGCCUUCAUCUUCAUGAUUGACGUCUCCUACAAUGCCAUCAGGAGUGGUCUUGUUAGGCUCCUCUGUGAGGAGCUCAAGUCAUUGUUAGACUUCCUGCCUAGGGAGGGCGGGGCAGAAGAGUCAGCAAUCCGCGUUGGCUUUGUCACCUAUAAUAAGGUGCUCCACUUCUACAAUGUGAAGAGCUCAUUGGCCCAGCCACAAAUGAUGGUUGUAUCUGAUGUGGGUGACAUGUUUGUGCCACUGCUGGAUGGCUUCCUGGUCAAUAUCAAUGAGUCUCAAGCAGUCAUCACCAGCUUAUUGGAUCAGAUUCCAGAAAUGUUUGCAGACACAAGGGAGACAGAGACAGUAUUUGCCCCAGUUAUCCAGGCUGGGAUGGAGGCUCUGAAGGCUGCUGAGUGUGCAGGGAAGCUCUUUCUGUUCCACACCUCCCUGCCCAUUGCAGAGGCCCCAGGGAAACUGAAGAACAGAGACGACAGGAAGUUGAUCAACACAGACAAGGAGAAGACUCUGUUCCAGCCUCAGACAGGUGCCUAUCAGACCCUGGCCAAAGAGUGUGUGGCCCAAGGCUGCUGCGUAGACCUCUUCCUCUUCCCUAACCAGUAUGUGGAUGUGGCCACGCUCUCUGUUGUACCCCAGCUCACUGGUGGCUCUGUCUAUAAAUACGCUUGCUUUCAGGUGGAAAAUGACCAGGAACGGUUCCUGAGUGACCUGCGUCGGGAUGUACAGAAGGUCGUUGGCUUUGAUGCUGUGAUGCGGGUCCGGACAAGCACUGGUAUCCGUGCUGUAGAUUUCUUUGGGGCUUUCUACAUGAACAACACAACAGAUGUGGAGCUGGCUGGGCUGGAUGGGGACAAGACGGUGACUGUGGAGUUCAAGCAUGACGAUCGGCUCAAUGAAGAGAAUGGAGCCCUCCUGCAGUGUGCCCUGCUCUACACCAGCUGUGCAGGGCAGCGACGGCUCCGCAUCCACAACCUGGCCCUCAACUGCUGCACUCAGCUGGCUGAUCUGUAUCGAAACUGUGAGACUGACACGCUCAUCAACUACAUGGCCAAGUUUGCAUACCGGGGGGUCCUGAGCAGCCCUGUGAAGACUGUUCGUGACACUCUUAUCACUCAGUGUGCCCAGAUCUUGGCCUGUUACAGAAAGAACUGUGCCAGCCCCUCCUCUGCAGGACAGUUGAUCCUUCCUGAGUGCAUGAAGCUACUCCCAGUUUACCUGAACUGUGUAUUGAAGAGUGAUGUCCUGCAGCCUGGAGCUGAAGUCACUACUGAUGACCGGGCCUACGUCCGACAGCUGGUUACCUCCAUGGAUGUGGCUGAGACCAAUGUCUUCUUCUAUCCUCGGCUCCUACCGUUGACAAAGUCUCCCAUUGAGAAUACCACUGAACCACCAGCAGUUCGAGCAUCUGAAGAGCGUCUAAGCAACGGGGAUAUAUAUUUGCUGGAGAAUGGGCUCAACCUCUUCCUCUGGGUGGGAGCAAGUGUCCAACAGGGUGUUGUCCAGAGCCUCUUCGGUGUCUCCUCCUUCAGUCAGAUCACCAGUGGCUUGAGUGUUCUGCCAGUUCUGGAUAAUCUACUGUCCAAGAAGGUGCAAGGCCUCAUUGACAGUUUGAGGGCACAGAGAUCGCGGUACAUGAAGCUUAUUGUGGUGAAACAAGAGGACAAGCUGGAGACACUGUUCAAACACUUCCUGGUGGAAGACAAGAGCCUGAGCGGCGGAGCAUCCUAUGUGGACUUUCUCUGUCAUAUGCACAAGGAGAUUCGGCAGCUACUGAGCUAGAGCAUGUGGUAAACAGCAUAGGGUCCAGGCCAGCUUCCAGAAAGUACCCCAGGACAGCAGAGAAAUUGGGACAGUUCCAUAUAUUAUAAGUCAUAUAAGCUGACCUCAGUCUCUUUGGGGGGAGGGGGAGGUAUAAGGAGACACCUUCUUUCUGGGCUCAAGUAUCCUACCACUCUGUCAUGUCCUGCUGUUGGAAGGUGCCCCUGUCCCCUCACUUUACCAUUUUCCUGCUAAUCCUGUCGUAAUGAAUGUAGUUUCUCAGUUCACUGUAUAUGAUUUGGUGUUGGGGGAUUUGGAGCCACCCAGACCCUGAUAAUAUUAUGUGUCCCUUUGGACCAGCCUCCAAGAAGAGAAGGGCAGACAGGAAGGAGUGAGGAUCCCAGGGUAUUACAGGGGGAGGGGCUGCGAAGUCAGCUCAUUGUCAUCAACAACUUCCUAUAUUAGGGAUAAACAUACUUACAGGUGCACAAGAGCUGGGGUAUAGACCAUAGAUGGUAGAGAGAAAAGUGGUCAGUCUUCUUGGGCCUGGAAGUCAACAGCCAACUCAGAGUGACUGAGGGUGGUUGAUUAGCUUUCUUGCUCUCUUCCACUGAUCUUUCUCUCUCCUGAAAUGAUUGGUGAUCACUUGGUGAAUAGAGGCACGUAAUCAGAAAUGAACGAGCCUGGGAACAGAGUUGCAAAUUAUAUUAAGACCUGGUAGCGGUAUCAGUCUCCUUUCCAGCUGGAGAGGCCCCAACACUGGAUGGUUCUGUAGGGAGCCUGGCCAUCGACUUGCAAUACCUCACAGAGCCAGCCCGUAUCCCACUCUGAGCUCCCGCUGGAAGCACUGCUCUCCAAGCUGGAGGUUGUUGGAGAGAGAGGCAGAGGUGGCUAGUCUUUCCUGCUAGGACACCACUCAGGCUUUCGUACUGACAGAGUGGCUGACAGUUAUCUUCCAACCCCACCUAGCUGGGGCAGGACAAGGGCUAGGCUUGAUGGUGGCCAGGCUUGCCUGCCCCCAGCCCGGGACGCCCCUGCUCUGGACCUCUCAUUUCUCUUCGUUGGUUUAUUUUUCAAUGCAUCUUUAAUUUGUAAAGAAAUAAAAUAAAUUAAGAUGUAACCAG